UGCUAGCAACAUGAAGGCGAUCAUCCUAGCUCUGGUUCUCAUUGGCGCCGCCUACAUCAGCGCCCAGGGUGAGCCAUGGUGCCGCUGCGCCAUGUUCGUGUCUUCCUCGCACGCGGAGUGGAUGGUCUACGAGCUCCCCGAAGUCCCCAUCACGGACUGCGAGAGCCACAACCAGUGCAAGAACCGCUGCACCAACGAGUUUAACGAGAUGACGAACGAGAUGGACUUGUGGUCAACCGUCGGCAACGCCACGGUCGGCCAGUACAUCUGCGAAGACCUAUAUUCGCAUUUCAUCUUCUUCAUCCACAACUCUUACGUUCACGCCUACUACGAGAUGUGCGGCGGACCCUGGGAGUACACGGGCCUGGACUCCCAACAGAUGCUGUGCUGCGACAGGGGAGAACACAAGCACUGCAUCUCGUAACAGUUAUUGCAGUAAAUUGCGGUUUCCUUCAGUGUCGGUUUCUACUGACGGUGUUCUUAAGAAACAUGAAUAUAGUUGCAUAGUUAA